AUACCCUUCAGCUCCUGCACCUCCUACAUCCUGAUUGGUUAGGGUUUCUUAUAGUUUGGGGAUUUUUGCAGCACUGCACAUCUCAAGCGUUGAAAGCAAAGUCAGGGAACGUAAGAGCUGAGUUGUUCUGUCUGCGGUUUGAGGCGGAGAUGCUUCGCUCUCAGGUGCUUCUCGUGGCUCUGGGUUUGUCUGUGCUGCUGGUGCGGGUGAGCACGGCUCCAUACAGCGACAUGCUGACAGAAACACUGAGAGCAGACCUCACAAAUGACAAGGAUCUGACUCACUGGCUCUUGCUGAAGUUCAUGGCUGAACUGAUGGCGGCGAGAGGAGACGAGACGCGGCGAGGCAGGGAGGAGGUGACGAGGCGACACCUCUCUCUGUCCCAAAGAGAGCGCAAAGCAGGCUGCCGCAACUUCUUCUGGAAGACUUUCACCUCCUGUUAACAGCAGGAGUAGCUUUUGUUUUUAAAAACGGAUCAGCCGACGCAUGUUUGCUUUCUUUGUGGUAACCAGAUUAUUUACCGUAAGAUAACAAAUGUACAGAUACUUUAAAAGUUGUAAAGACUAAUAAAAUUAUAUGUUUCAAGACCGGCAGGUACACACUUCUGAAAUAAAUUUUCUGAUUUUAAA